AUGGCCCAGAAGCACUCGCUAGUGUUGGAUGACCCAAAUGCACUCGCCGGUGUCAGAUGGCCCAGAAGCACUCGUUGGUGCCGGAUGACCCAGAUGCACUCGCCGGUGCCGGAUGGCCCAGAAGCACUCGCAGAUGCAUUAGUCAAUGCUAGAGUUGGCCCGGAUGCAUUAGUCAAUGCCAGAGAUGGCCCGGAUGCAUUGGUCAAUAUCAGAGAUGGCCCGGAUGCAUUAGUCAAUUCUAGAGAUGGCCCGGAUGCAUUAGUUAAUGCCAGAGAUGGCCCGGAUGCAUUAGUCAAUGUUAGAGAUGGCCCGUAUGCAUUAGUAAAUGCCAGAGAUGGACUGGAUAAUGGCAAUCUCAACGGUUAUUCUGCUCCUACCGAUAACUUCGGCAACCCCAUAAGCCCUAUUAUUUCAGUGAAGCCCGCAUUUUCAUCUAUCACAUUAUCUUCUCCUCCAGAUUGA